GCUACGCACAGUCGACUAAGGCCUACCUGCAUGAGUUAACCAUCUUGCGACGAAAUGUCAGAAAAGGCACCAGAGUGAAUAAAAACAGUAUAGAAAGGAGAAAAUAGAUAAACAAAAGGCAAACGGAUGAAUUGAGUUGGAUAGUUUUUGAAAGUGUAUUGAAAUUUACAGAGAAAUCGUUAGAAUUUCUAAAAGGAAUUUAUUGCCGCUGAUAGCCAAAUAACUGCUGGAUCCUGAGAGACCUGAAAAAAAGAAAAAUAUUGUAAAAUUAAUAAAGAAACUGUAAAAUGUAAGUAGAACCUGAAAAGAAAAGAAAUGAGAUUAAUUAAAUACAUAAAAUUUCAGUUUCAAGCUGCGAAACAAGAAAAUUGCUGCUUUGAAAAUUAGUUUGUUGUGACGACCCCGAACAAACUUGAAAAUUUUACAAUGGCAGAAUUGACCCUUUCACCCGAAGCUGCCGAAAAGACGGGUUACAAUUGUGCCGCUUGUGAGCGACCGGAUCACGCAGAGAAGGAUAUGGUGUUUUGUGACCAAUGUCAAAACUGGUAUCAUUUUGGAUGUGCCGGUGUAACGAAUGCGGUAAAGGACGAUUCAUCGUGGAUAUGCGGCAAGUGCAUGAAAAAUGCCGCUGGUAGUUCCGUGACGUCAGAGUUGGAGCAAGAAUUGAAAAGGCUCGAGGAAGAAAAAAGAGUCCAACAGCUAGCUAUGGAGAAGGAAAGAGUCCUGCAUAAACGGCGCCUGGAGCUGCAGCAGGAAAUGUUUCUGAUGCGAAAAAAACUGGAACAGGAGAAACGCGAAAUGGAGUUAGCCUUCGAAAAAGAGCAGUUGGAGAAGGAAAUCGCUGAGGAAGAAUCGUUCCAGAAGAAAAGUGAGCAGAUGAGAAAGGAGAUGCACGGUAAAUUGAAUAAGCUUAGACAGCAACGGAGCAAGGAUUUCGAUAGUGGUGUGAAAGAAAAAACGGAAGAAGCUGAAGGUUGUGAAGAUGAUUGCUCGAGUGACAAAGAAAAGCCGAAGCAGUCGGGACUGGAGAAAACAAAGCCAGGAAAAGCAGAAACCGAAAAAAAAAGGUCGGAAAAAGGCAAACCUGGGAAAAUGGAUCUGGUCGAGACUGGCAACGGAGAUUUUCGAGGAGCAUAUCAAAAAUACUCCACUCCAAAAACAUGUUUAGUUCCGUUGGUCACAUCGCCAUCAUUGGAGGAAAUUCCGCCUGUCGACGCGGAAUCCGUAAAAGGUGAUACACAGGAAAAGAUCGAAAGUAAGAAGAACGACGCGGUUUCAAAUGACGUGCGAGAAGCAAAUGAGGACGAUAGUGAAUCCAGCGAAUCAAAUGAGGAUCACGAAUCGGUGACAGUACAAGCUGGUCAAAACAAGCAACAAAGAUGUCGUCGAGGACCUACCAAAGCUCAGCUGUCCGCCAGGCAGUUCCUGUCGAAGAAGUUGCCGGUAUUUUCCGGAAAGUUAGAGGACUGGCCGAUGUUCAUCUGCAGCUACGAAACAUCUAGCGAGGCUUGUGGGUUUUCGAAUGUCGAGAACCUGGCUCGACUACAAGAGUGCUUGAAGGGCCAAGCAUUGGAAGCAGUUCGUAGUAGGCUCCUACUUCCAGACGCAGUUCCACAGAUCAUUGAGACUCUCCGGAUGUUGUACGGUCGCCCGGAGCACCUUCUAAAUAUGCUAUUGGUGAAGGUGAGAAAGGCUCUCCCACCGAGAGCAGAUCGUUUGAUAACGUUCAUCAAUUUCGGGAUGAUUGUCCAGCAGCUUGCAGAUCACCUGGAAGCAACGAAGCUUACUUCUCAUCUUCUGAAUCCCAUGCUGAUUCAGGAGAUUACCGAAAAGUUGCCCGCAAGUACACAACUUGAGUGGGUGCGGUAUAGAAGGAGAGACCGUGUAGUCACGAUUCGAACUUUAGCCAACUUUCUGUCCGAAAUCGUGAAAGACGCCAGCGAGGUGACGUCAUACUGUGAAGCACCUGUAGUUGUAGACCACGCCAAUCGAAAGUCCAGAGGAAAGGAUAAAGAGCACGAAGGUUUCCUCCAUGCCCACUGUGGACAAGAAAACGCCAACAAAACUCAGGCGCCGAGGGUGAGAAAGCCAUGUAUGAUUUGCGACCGUACUGAUCACCGGGUAAGAAAUUGUGUAGCCUUCCGGAACCUCUCCGUACCACAUCGUUUGGAAGCGGUGCGUAAAUGGAAGUUGUGCUCGAUGUGUCUCAAUGAGCAUGGAAAUGCCCGCUGUAAGCUGAAUUUCCGCUGUAAUGUCGGGACCUGUAGAGAGCCUCACCAUCCUUUACUCCACGCGGCAGGCCCGGAAUCGGGAUCGAACUGCAACUUUCAUUCGUUUCAACGCAAGCAAUCGGUGAUUUUUCGAAUGAUUCCGGUCACAUUGCACUGGGGAAAUCAUACAGUGAACACAGUGGCUUUCCUGGACGAGGGGUCGUCCUACACAUUGGUGGAGAAGUCGGUGGCUAGCGCUCUUAGGACGAAUGGUGUAACGCAACCACUUCGUGUGACGUGGACGGCUGGAAUGUCCCGAUUGGAAAGGAACUCGCAGAAAGUAGAACUGUAUAUUUCGGCUCGAGGUUCAAGUCGCCGGUUCCACAUAAAAGCAGCUCAUACCGUGGAUAACUUGAGGCUUCCCCAGUCGACGCUAGCCCUGACGGAAGUAGUCAAGCAGUAUCCCCAUCUUCAAGAUCUAUCCGUGGUGGAUUUCCAACAUACUGUUCCGCAAAUUCUGAUCGGACUGAAAGACGUUCACUUGUGUGCACCGUUAGAAUCACGAAUCGGGAAAGCGGAAGAGCCAAUCGCUGUGCGGUCCAAGCUUGGUUGGACCAUAUUCGGACCUGUAAGCGGUGGUGUUGAGUCGAGCAUCGUUGGUCAUCAUGCGUGCAGCAGUGUUUCGAACGAGGACCUCCACGAUCUGUUGAAGAGCCACUACACGCUAGAAGAGUCUGGCAUUUCGGUUGCGCUGCUACCGGAAAGCGAAGAGGAUAGGAGAGCGAAAGAUAUCCUGACGCAAACGACGGUAAGAGUAGGUGAUCGUUUUGAGACGGGGUUAUUAUGGAGAUAUGAUAGUCCGUGCUUCCCCGACAGCUAUCCUAUGGCUGUGAAAAGGCUCAAGAGUUUAGAGAGACGUUUAUUGAAGGACAAUGAACUGUACGAUAAAGUACGGUGCAUGGUCUCGGAGUACCUAACCAAGGGCUAUGCGCACAAAGCUUCAGAGUUGGAGCUAGCAGACACCAACCAGAGUAAGGUGUGGUAUUUGCCAUUGAACGUGGUUAUUAAUCCGAAGAAACCGGGUAAAGUCCGCCUUGUUUGGGACGCAGCUGCGGCUGUAGCUGGGGUGUCCCUGAAUUCAAAACUCUUGAAGGGUCCCGAUAUGCUGACUGCUCUCCCAGCAGUUAUUUGCAAGUUUCGAGAGAAAAAAGUGGGUUUUGGUGCAGACAUCAAAGAGAUGUAUCAUCAGUUGAAAAUUCGAAAAGAAGAUAAGCAAGCGCAGAGGUUCCUGUUCUGAGAGAAUCCAGCCAGC